AUGAAGUUCUUCUCCGCCCUCACGAUUGCGAGCGCUGUCGCUCCGGCCUUUGCUGUCCCUGCUCCCGCUACUACUCCUACUGUCCCCGAUGUUCUCGGAAAAAAGGCCUGCGUUACUCCUCCCAAGAGGGUUGAGUGGCGUGAACUUGGCGCUGCCAACCAAAAAGCCUACCUCGAUUCUGUUCUGUGCCUAAAGACCAAGCCUUCUCGCAUUGGUCUCAAGUCAUCUCUGUACGAUGACUUCCCUUACGUCCACUUCAAGCUCAACGACUGGAUCCACGGCGGCGCUCCUUUCCUUCCUUGGCACAGAUACUUUGGUGUCAUUUACGAGCAGGCUCUUCGCGACUGUGGUUACAAGGGCCCUGGAACAUACUGGGACUGGACCAAGGAUGCGGAGAAGGGUCUUUUGAGUUCUCCUCUCAUGUCCAAGGACGCUUUCGGUGGAAACGGAGACCAAGUUAACAUGGAAUGGCCAGGCAGCACCGGCCUCCAGUGUGUUAGGGAUGGCCGAUUCUCCAAGCUCCGACCCGAGUACCUCGAGGAUGAGCCCAAGGUUCUUUCCAAGGGUGGUCACUGUCUUUUCCGCAACAUGCCCGAGGUCAGUGAGCCCGCCGCUUAUAAGAUGAUGGUGCCACAAAUCACCUCCAAGGGCAUCAACGACCUCCAGAAGGCUGGCAACUGGUCUUACUUCCACACUGCCACCGAGGGCGGUCCUCACGGCACCAUCCACGCUUCUCUCGGUGGAGAGAUGAACCCUACUACUUCUCCCAACGAGCCUCUCUUCUUCAUGCACCACGCUCAGAUCGACCGUGUCUGGCUGCAAUGGCAGCAGAAGAAGGCUAGCCGCUUCUCCGAGUAUGAUGGUGAGGGUAUGCUCUACCCCAAGCGGGACCGCGUCAAUGUCAAGCUUGAUGAUGUUCUCCCCAUGUUUGGCCUUGCCAAGGACGUCAAGGUUAGAGAUGUUAUGAACCCCUCCAAGGGUCCUUUAUGCUAUACCUACUAA